AACCCCCAAAACCACAAACACCAGCCAAACACCCCUCCAAAACUAACCAACCAAAGGCAAUGAACAAAAAACCCCAACAAAACACCACCAUAAAAAACCCCAAUGCAUGGAAACAGACUUGAGUGUGUGUGUGUGUAUGAUGCUUGAAAAGAAUGGAUAAAACUAGCAAGUGAGAAAACUUAGCUGCCCUGCCAUUUAGCACUUCAGGUAUUAGAGGCUUCUACACAAUGAAAAUGUUUUCAGAAUUGAUUCUUGCCGUGCUUCUAAAUGGGAAGCAGUCUGUGCUGACUGCAGGGAUGUGCAAGGUAAGUUGAGUGGUCCCUUUGUCAAGGAGCAGCAAGGGCAGGCUGCUCUGAAAGGAAGAGCAAGCUGGAAGCUGAGUCACAGCAAGGCAGACAGAGGCAGUGGCCUUGCUGACAAAGGAACAGCCCCACAGUGCCUGAGCAGGAAGGUCAGAGCAGGUCAGGAUGAGGAUUUACAUCAGCAGGGUUCACGUCCAGGCAUGGUCAUGGCUGCACUAACUCGGGCAGGAAUCAGGGGUAAGAACCUUGGCUGAUACAAACUCACAGGCAAGCCUACCAGAGGCUUCUCAAAGCCAGACACCUGUAUUAUUUAAGAUGGACCUCAGUCCAGGCAGCCAGUCCACCAGAAGAUGAAAAAUAUGCUCAUGGCCCUGAUGUUCUGUCAAGCCUUGUGGCAGCCAUCUCUUCUUGCACAGCUUGGUGUUCCUCUGCCAGACAGCAAAGCUCUAUGUAUGUCUGUGUUAAAAGUACAGUCUUGUGGCCUUGGUAAAGAUGAGAAGUCUUAAUCUUUUAAGUCAGCUGCUUGAAUGAGACUGGUAAAUACAGGUGUCAUUGUCAAAUAUUCUAGCAUCUGUGGUGGCAAAAAAACCCCACCACAACAACAAACAAAAAAAACCUCACAAAACAAAACACACUACAUUUCUUUGGAUCUAGGAGCAAAGCUGUUAUCCAAUUUUGGUGAAUAUGGUGGAUAUGUUGUGUAGGUCCUGGCCAGGCAGAAGGUGAAGGGUCUUGUCCAUGGGCUAUGGUGAAGCUUAUCUGAGUUUUCAAUAAGCACUUGUAGCAAAAAGCCUCAGAGAGUAUUUCUUCAGAGUAGGAUUUUCAGGUGAGGUAUACCUAAGGGAUGUGCUGGGAUAUACUCCUGUUUGUGCAUAGAGAAACGUAGAGGACUGGGAUACAGUUCAUGAGGGAGAGUUUAGACCUGUCUGGAAAUUCUCCUGGUCCCCAUGUCUUUUGUCACAGUGAGGCUUGCUAGAAUGCAACAACUUAAUGUGUCUUAUGUAAAUCUUCUCCUAUUUGGUGAUGAUCAGGAACAGUCUUCUUGUCCACAGUGGGAAAAGCUGGCUAUGACUAUAAAUCACUAGUAAAAUGAUUUGGCCUGUGACUGGAAGGGCUGAAUCCUUCAAUCUCUUCCUGCACUCUGUUGCUGGUGGUUUCUUGUAAUGCAGCAGAAGCUAGUAUGCAGGCUACUUGAGGCCUACAGUCUCUGGUGUUGCUAGCAAUCAAAACCAGGGUAGCUGCUUGCUCACUCCAAGCCCUCCUGCCCCCCAAGUAGAGGAGAGAAUUGAAAGGGAAGAGAGAAACGCAUGGGUUGAGAUAAAAAUGGUUUAAUAAUGUAACAGAAAAUACUAAUAUCCUACUAAUAAGAUAUAUAUUAAAAAUAUAUAUAAAGUGAUAAUGCAGUCCUCAUGAACUCCAUCCACACUGAUCAACCAGCACCCUUGUCUUGGAACAGCCGGAGCUGGGGAGAGAGAGACAUCAAAAAGGCAGAAAAGACCUAAAGGCCAACUGCAAAAUGACAGAAUGGCAAAAGGCUGAACUAAUGGAACGGAACUGAACCUGAAUGGAUCUCACAAACCAGAAAAGCUGACUCCGAUUAUAUAUGUAGCAUGAUGCUAAUACUAUGAAAUACUUUCAUUGGUCAGUCUGGUUGUCAGUCAAAGUCUGUCUGAUCUAUGCUUCCUUUCCUAGCUGCCUCGCACCUGACAAUAGAAGUGCCCCAAGUGAAACUCCAAACCGUUAGGGGUGAGAAAUCCUCUAGAUAUGUGCCAGUGUUCUCUGACAUGCUCUGCCACCCAUGACCAUCUAGCCUCAAGGCAAAUCUGUGGGUGUUAUUCUUAAAAAAUCUUUGUGUAACUUUGUACAUGAUCUGAGAUACAUUCAGGAAACACAGCAAUAAAAGCAUGCUAGCUUGAAUAUCCCCAGGAUAUGCAAAGUUCUCAAAAAUGGUUGUACCUAAGCCAAAGGAGAAAAGGGAGGUGAUAAAACGGGGGAAAAUUCCACUUCCCCUCCAUCUUCCUUGUAGGUCGGGUGUGAUUACUAAUCAAGUCCGAGAGGUGGUGCCUGAGGUACGUGAAUGACAACAGUGGUAUGUAAAAAUAGCAACAUAAUCAUGAAACAAGAGAAAUCAGCAUCUCGUAAGUUGAUAUUGCACAGGACAUUAAUAUGAUCUCCCAGAGAUCGUAAACAGCACUGCAGGGGAUACAGAGGGCAUGUAAGAAUUCAUGUAGCACAGCCAUAUAGAGAAACAAAGCAACAUCAUGACCAGCGACUACUAAUAUAUACUAACAUAGUAAAUGCAUAUUUUAACACGCUCUGGUCAGGUGGGUUGUUAUCCCAACCCUUCACAUCUCCUACCAGGCUUGCCAAAAAGGACUGUUGUAAUUUAGCCUUAACCCCAGAUGGCAAGUAAAAUCACUUACUGGUUGCUCACCCCUCCCCUGCCCCCUGUGGGAUAGGCAGGAGAAUCAGGAAAGAAAAGGCAAAACUCCUGGGUAAAACUACUCCUUUGACUAGUUUUGGGUCAGCAGUCCUGGCUGUGUCAUUCCCCCACCUACCUGUGGAAAUUAACCCUAUCUUGGACAACCCAGCACAGUUACAUUUUUUUCUCUCCUGUCUAAUUGAGGAGGGGGAAUCACAGAGUAGCUUUGGUGGGCACCUUGUGUCCAGCCAGGGUCAACUCACCACACUAGGCAACCCAUUGAGUGCUCACUAUUAUAUGAACAAUAGAUUCUCAGUCUAGAGACUGGUUUGGGUCUUUUUCUUCCAAACUAAUAGCUUUGUCCAUGCUAAUAGGAAAAGCACAUUGCAGGAUGUAGUGCCCUUCUAGUUUGAUAGCAUAAUUUUGCUGGCUGCUAUUAGCUAUAGCUGUGUGUCCUCGUCCAGAGUUGGAGCUAUGACAGACAUUCCUUGAAGCUUCUUCUGAGCAUGGGAAAAUCAGUCAGCAGGAGCUGGUGCCUGCAGUGGCUCCUGACCAGAGCCAUGUUUUGCCAGCUGUCACUGCUGGGAGCCUACGUUGAAUUUCCUGCAUCACUUGUGUUUGGGGCAGGCCAGCCAGAUAAUUUGCAAUGGUCUGCUUUCCCUUUUCUUUCAUAAGCAUUUUAGAAUGGCAACUCCAGCAUGUUGAGGCAGAGUCAGCUGUCUUGGAGACCAGGUUUUUAAUCCUUGAAGUAGUCUGAAGAGACAUUCCCUGAAGGAGGAGGGAGCUGCCUGUAGCUUGCAGCCUUUGUGUUGAGUCUUGUGCUUUAGGGAUGUAAAGAGUUGUGGUGCUACCCUGCUCUUCUAGCAUGGUCUGGAAAGCCUAGGUUGGUGACACCUGUGACAGGGCUUGCAAAUCCAGUCUCAUCUGUGACCAUGUGCUACCACCUGCUGCCCUUUGUUGCAGGACUUUUGGCAAUCCCUGGGCUCAGCCACUGUCUCCAGGAACCAGCUGGGCCCCCCGCAAUCGGGAGUUGUGGGGGAUGCAGGCAAACAUCACCUGCAACCUAGCUAGCACUGGUGAAGAGCUCUCUUAAAAGAAAUUGCAGCUGGCAUCUGUCAGCAAGAGUAUGCUGACUCCUGAGUUGGCUGCCCGCAGUGAUCUCCCCUGGGCAGGGGACAUCUGUGCCUCAGGGUCGGAUGUGAGCAAGGGCUAGAUCUGGGUAUGGAGGAAGCCACAAAGCAGAACUGCAGCAUCUGGAGGUGUCCCCAGGAGCAUCUGAGAUGGGAAGGGAAGGGAAGGGGAGUCUUUCUCACACAGGAGGCACAAAGGAGGAAGGUAAAAUCAUAAGAUGACGGAAGAAGGACUUUGGUAGGUCUGGUUUAAAACAGUCCAGAACAGCUUUGGGUGACAGCAGAGUUUGUAAUGGCUUUUAUUGAAUACUUCCUUCAGUCCAAUAGCAGCUCUGCCUUCAUGGCCACCAGUGCCAUAACUUGUCAGCAAAUGCUUUCCUGAAUGAUUUAAAACUGACUCCUGCUCAAGUUUACAGAAGCAUGGUUUAAAGAUUUUUUUUUCUUCUUCUUCCCUCUUGGGAGUUUGACAGUAACAGAACUGGAGCUUUCAAAAGCAGAAAUGUUCUGCUAUCCUAAUGCCCUCUGAGCUUCAGUGCCUUCAUGCACUUUAGCUUAGUGUAGGGCUUGAAACUGAGAUGCCCCGGUCUUGUGGUCUGCCAUUGCAUGUAUGUCUGUGUAUGUGUGUUGUCUUUAAAGUUUGGCCCAUACAAACUGAACUCCUCCUGUUCUUUUUUGAAGUGAAGUUUGAGCACUUGUCUGUGAGCUUAGGUUAUUAAGCUAACUGCUAAAAGAUGUGUGGAGGUGCUGCAUCAGUAGUGCCACACAAACUGUGUGGAGGAUUGGAGAAUAUGUAUUAAGGGGCUAUAGAUGUGGCAGCAUAGGCUACAUGUCUGGUGCAGUAUUAGAGGGUACUGUCACUAGUACCUGAAGCUGAAGCCAAUACCAUGGGUACAUGUAUAAGGCAUGCUUGGGAAAUGACAAUGAAGCUGUGAGAUAAUGGAUCUGUAUGUGUCCUCUGUUGGCUUUGGCUGGAUAAUUUCUCAGUUCUGUUCUGAAGAAACAAUCCUGGGUUAAUGGUAUAUGUAAAGAGGCAUGUUGGGGCUUCUUGUCUGUUGGAGGGCUCCCUGGAUACUGUUCUUGCUUCUCUUAUUCCUUCACUUAAACCUGAGGAAUUUUGGGAGCCUGUCAUCACAGGUGAACACAUGACUUGCCAUUUCUGAAGCUGAGUUUGAGCUCCCUCAGCUCAGAUAGCUUUGGGACAUGGUGUGUUCUACUUGAAACCCUCAGGUCUUCCAAAAACUUGGCAGAGAUGAGGGGGAGGAGGAAUGCAGAAACCCUUUUGGGGAGUAACACCUCUUUCCCAUCUCUCCUACUUUUCUUUCCUUUCACCACAUUCUGCAUGGUACUGCAACCAUAGCAUUUUGAGUAGCUGCUGGGCUUCAAAAUGCUUCAGUAUCACUCUAGGUGGUUUUGUUCAAGACAAAGUGUUGCUGCUGACAGGGCUCUGUGUGGUGAUGCGCUACCACCUGCCAGAAAUUAGUGUCCUUGCAGUGCUAGCUCCUCUUUUAUACCUCCGACUCUUUGCUCUCACCUCCCUUUCUCACUCCCAGUUGAGUUCUUCUCUGUUUCUUUUUCACCCUUGGAUGUUCAAGUGUCCUCUUCUCUGAGCUUCCUCAGCUCUGUAUAAUCCAUCUCCUCCUAAGUCUCCUGGUGUAUGGCACCCUGGUUCACCUUCUGUCAUCAGGAGAGGUGGCAAAUGACCUUUCAGAAGGGUUCUCUUCUCCCUGCAGCUCUGGCCAGUGUUGUCAGCCACGCACAAGGGCAUAGGAUGCCUUUCUCUCAGGUCCCAGCAGGCUGCAGUGCUUUCACACUGUCCCCUAGAGUUGGGGGAACCCAGCUCCUGCAGUAAGAACUGUAGCAUCCUGCCCUUCCCUUCAUUAGCCAGUUCCUUGCAGCAGGGUACACAGUGGGAUCACUUGUUGCUAGAUCCACUCUAACCAGUCAGAUCGCUCAGAACCUCUCAAGAAACUCUGGCUGCCUGAAUCCCCUUUGAUUAGAUAUCUGUCGUCCCUUACUAACCACUCAGUGCCAGGCCUUGGGGCCCCAUUCCCCAGGCUUCAGUGCCUUUUUAUGUUCUUCCCUUGACUGCAAGGGCUCUGCUUUCUCUUUUUUAGCUCCAUGGCCAAUUCUGUCUUAAUCCCUGGGAGAGGAUUAAUGCAAUGUGGAGAGGGAAGAUUCACUUCUGAUGCUGUUCCUCACUCUGGUGCAGAGACAAAAAGCCAAGACUGGGUUUAGGCUCUCUGAGUGACCUGGAGGACUGCACUAGCUAGAGGUUCCAUAAAAGGAGGUGAUAGCAGGACUGUCCUGUCAGUGGCCAGCUAGGGUCCUAUUACAGACAUGGUAGAGUUCUGUAGGUGCUUUCCAUCCACUGAGAGAACUGACCAUUAAUUUAUACUGACCUUUCCUGUCUGCUUACAAUGAAAACAUCAACCUUCUUAUCUCAUGGCUGUCCACUUUCCUCAGAAGUGUUUGCUGAGGAACAGGUAGCUGAAUUAUUCUCAUACAUAUGAUUAUUGACACUUUCUAAGAACUACAAGAGGCAGGAUUCCUUACAAGAGACUUAAAAUUGACCCUUCCCAGAGUACAUCAUACUUAUACACAUCCAAUAACUUUAUUAUUUUGUUAUAGUUUCUAUAAACUUGGCCACUACAGAUGUCAAACCUUUAGCUUCCUAGUCUCCUUAGACUUUUCCCCUUCUCCUUCUUUGUUAUAUUCCUUGCCAUCCUGUGGUUUGGUGAUUAAAAGAUGGUUUUAGGCAAGAGGCCAUCAACUGCUGUUAGCAACUGUUUCACCCCCAAAUUUCUUGGGAACCCAUGGGACUGCCUUGCCCAGACCUUCUAAUUCUAUGCCUUUUACGCAAUCACUUUUAUUUUUGACAUGUCCUUUGGUUUAAUCCCCCACAAAAAAGUGCUUUUUUUUUGAGAUAAUUUCUUGAGUUUCUUCCACUGUCACAAAUAAUUAAUUUAGCUUUGUUUCCAUGAGAGCAGAGCUCUUCAGUUUUCUUCAAAGCUUGGGUAAAGGUUUCUGGUUUCAGUAACUAUAGCAAAGGGUUUAUUUACUAGUUCUGAUGGUUUCUGCUAGUUGCUUUUCAGACUCUUUUACCUUUGCUUUGUUGUGUUUCUAAUAACUGAUAAUUUAAUAAUUGAAGUUGUAGUCAUUUCAGUUUUUCUCAUUUGAAUGCAAGGUCAGCUUGUUGAAGAAUACAUACAGAUAAUCCCUUUGUCUUGACAUUUUGGAAAUGUCAGCUUGCUUUUGCCAUUUUUCAAAUCUUCUAAAGAGGUGGUAGGUAUUGGCUUUGGGCUGCCAAUGCAAUGACCCUGUGUAACCUUUGUGCCACCUAUGAUGACCAAAUUCCCUCAGCUGCCCCUCUCCAUUCUGGCAGGCUUGUAAGAAGUACCUCACUUCCCUGCAGCUUCUACCACAGCAGUGUUCAACUUCUGAAGGGGAUUUUUUUUUAAUAUGUGGGGUCACAACAUUAGUCCUUCUCUUUGCUUAUGAAUUCAAUUUUAAGUCAACUGGUUCAGCUUGAUUUUCAAAAGAAGUAAGGCACAUGCAAUGGUGCUGUCUCCUCUGCCAUUACAUGGACCUGCUCACUAAAUUGGGUGAAACCACCUAUGAGAUGAAAGGCUUGCCGAUAUACCUUACUUGAACUUCACUGACAGCGAGGGACGAAGAGCGUUAGUGCUUCUGCUGCCUUCUUUUUGGGUCAGCUAGCCAAAUUGUAUCUGCACAGUUUGCAGAGCAACCACCUAAAGGCAGCAGCUGGAGCAUGAGUAAGGAGAGAAAGCAGGACUGUUGUGGUGGGCAAACAUAUGAGUCCUAGGAAGAAGCUGGGGCUUGUGAGGUAUGAGGGAGUUAGGAGCAUGGGAAGUACCUGGCAGUGCUGAGUGGGGUUGAGAUGAAAGAUGUCUGUGGGGAAGCACAGGUAUUGUGGGAGGACAAGGGUAUACUGCAUGGGGGCAGGGCACAACAUAGGUGGAAGUGGAAGGAAGGAACUGAGGAAGAGCAAUGCAAAUACAAGGAAUAACUCCAGGCACUAGUACAGCCUAGGGGUGGACCUGCUGGAAAGCAGCACUGCAGGGAAAGACUUGGGAGUUCUGGUCGACAACAGGUUGAUAAUGAGUCAGCAAUGUGCCCUUGUGGCCAAGAAGGCCAACAGUAUCCUAGGGUGCAUUAAGAAGCGUGUGACCAGCAGGUCGAGGGAGGUUUUCCUGCCCCUCUGCCCUGGUGAGGCCGCAUCUGGAGUACUGCGUCCAGUUCUGAGAGAGCUGCGUCUGUUCAGCCUGGAGAAGAGAAGGCUGUGAGGGGAUCUUAUCAGUGUUUACAAAAAUCAGAAGGGUGGGUGGCAAGAGGAUGGGACCAGACUCUUUUUAGUGGUGCCCAACGAUAGGAUGAGAGGCAACAGGUACAGACUGAAGCAUAGGAGGUUUCAUCUAAACAUGAGGAGAAACUUCUUUGAGAGUAUCAGAGCACUGGAACAGGCUGCCCAGAGAGGUUGUGGAGUCUCCUUCUCUGGAGACAUUAAAAACCCUCCUGGAUGCAUUGCUCUGACCUGCUCUGGGUGAACCAGGUGAGUUGGAUUAGAUGAUCUCCAGAGGUCCCUUCCAACCCUAACAAUUCUGUGAUUCUGUGAAACAAAGUGUGAAUUGUUUUUUUGUGUGUAUGUGGUUGUUUUGGUUUUUUUUUAAUUAAUGUUUGGUUUUUGGGGUGUUUUUUUGUUUGGUUGUUUGGUUUUUCUUGGUUUUCGUCCCUGAAACUAACUGCUGGGCUUGAUUCUUCCUAUAUCACAGCCAUUGACAUGCCGUCAGUGCAUAUGAAAUUCAAAGCACAAAUUUUACCUUCAGAAAUAUCAGCUCACUGUUUAUCCACAAGAGACCAUCAUUGUAUCCUAUGGAAGUACAGUUCAGGGUCGAUUUUUGACAGUAAAUAACAACUCUGAUGGCUGAGAAGGAAGAACUGAGCUGUUUCCUGAUGUCUGAGUGCAGUCUACUUUAUUCUAGUAAAAUCAGGAAAUGGAUUGUGAAUUUGCAUUUGAAAUAUCUCAGCUGUGUUUGGAGAUGUGUUUCAAUGGCAAAAUGCUAAUGAAGCCACACUGUGACUUCUUUCUCUGUCUGCUGAUUGUAUUUCCCAUUUCUUCCGAGUGGAAAGUUUGAAACUGCCAGUAAGUAAGUCUUUUCCCCAUGAGACUGAGAGUCUGCUUUGGUUUGGUUUGCAAGGGACACAAGGGAAGCACACAGAGGAUUAUUCUAACUGAAAUCUCCACAUGAAAUUUGGGAACAUAACAAGGUUUCACCAAAUGCUUAGGGAGGCUUAGUUCCAGUGAGAGGCCCAAUCCUGAAGAUGAAGGAAAGUGCUGGAAGGAUGUUGGAAAGAAAAGCAGGGAGCAUGUAUCUUCUCAAGGGACCAGGCUUCUGUCCUGCUGCUGCUCUUCUUGUAUAAUAGUCACCCUCUUUGCACACAAUAUAAAAAGUAGAAGUGAAGCCAGCUCAGAAUACAUGAGACAUGAGGAGACUCCUUGGUAAUGAAAUCCAGCUACAUAUGCUCCAGUCUGUUUAGGAGCAGUUAUCCAUAAUCUGUGUUCAGAUGUCCACUACAUCCCUCCUUUACCUUCUGUCACAUUGUUCUCCUGUAUUGUCUAAUUGUUGUUCUUCCUUGCACUGUCCUAUCUCACCUCCAGCUCUGCCCUGUGUACCGUCCAUUCUGGUGCCCUGGAUGUCCUGCUAGUGUGUCAUUCUGAUCUGCCUUGAGGAAAUUCCGGCUAGACAAACUAGCCAAGAAUAGCUUCCUCCUUCUUCCUUCUGGUUGUUUUGGAUACCUUAUUGUGGCUUUUCAAUACUUGGAGGGGACUUACAAGGAAGAUGGAGAGAGACUUUUUACCAGCACCUGUAGUGACAGGACAAGGGGCAAAGGUUUUAACUGGAAGAAGCUAGAUCUAGAUUAGAUAUAAGGAAGAAAUUCUUUAUGAUGAGGGUGGUAAGACACAGGAACAUGUUGCCCAGAGAAGCUGUGGUUGCCUUGUCAUUGGAAGUGUUCCAGGUGAGGUUGGACAGGGCUGUGAGCAGCCUGGUCUGGUGAAAGAUGUCCCUACCCAUAGCAGGGGCGUUGGAUCGAUGUUUUAUUAAAGAUCUCUUCCAACCCAAACCAUUCUGUGAUUCCUGAGUCCUGUCUGCUGACUGAACCCUUUACACCCUUUUUCUCCAGGGUGUCAUAACUCAUUGGCAUUUCUCAGCACAUAUCUCAGCAGCCAUUUCUCCUAAUUGUCUCAUUGUUUCCUUUCAACAUCUGCCUCAGCUUGAAAUCAGACUAAGCUGUAGCCUUGACAUUUUUCCCAAGGUAAUAUCAGAGACCUUUACCAGAAAGCAGAAAAGGGAGAGAAAUUACAGUGUUGGACCAAAAAUAUAAACCAGGUCUUUUCAGCCUCUUUUCAGAAACGGAGCCUGACUCCCUGAAGCAAGCACUGCUCUGAACUUGCACAGGCUGUAAAUCAGGUGUGUGCUCUCUCAAUAACCUCUCAAACCAUCAAACCCAAUUUCUUUUUAUUCCACUUUGCUUAUUAUUUUCCCUGAUCUGGCCUCAUCCUUUUCUGUUUAUCCUUGGAUAUAUACAAAAUCUGAGUAUUUCUAUUCCUCUGCCUAAGGCUGAAAUUCCUCAUGUUCACUUCUACAGGAACAGUUUCUUGUUUGAGAUUAUUUUUCUAGUGUUAGCUGCCCACUGGGACUGACUUCCUAGGAUGCGACAUAGCAUGCAGUAUUUUAUGUAGCAAAUGCAAGUUAACUGCAAGAGACAAGUAAGGGCAGAAUGCAUUUUGUAUUGGACUGUGCUACAAGUUAACCUGCACUAAGACCCAUGAUAGCUGCAAACCUAAAAGCAAUGACAGAAUUGCUAAUGGACAAAGAAAGGCAUGAAGAUAAGGGAAAGAAAUAGGAUAAAAAGAAGGGUGAAAAAGGAAAAAAAAAAAGAUCUUAAAACUUAUCAGCUGAGAUUUUGAUAUGAGGAAGGAGAAGUGCAAUUUCCUUUUUGGUUUUUAGGUUCUCAUUUUUCUUUUCUCUCUCAGAAGUUUCCAUAGUGCAAUUUCCUGGGUGAUUUCCUGGGCUUAGAAACAGAAAAACUGUUCAGGGCAUUUCUUAGCUCCAAGGAAUUCUCAGGUUAUUGCCAGUGCUUCCAGUGUUCAGCACAGCCUUCUUUGACAGACAGGCUGAAUGAGUAGAUGGGAAAGGCUCAGUAACUUAUUGGUGUCUCUCUCUGGACCAAGGACCAAAAAGGACCACUUUUUACAUAGCAAAACUAAGGACAGGGAUCAGUGAUCACACUCUGAUUAAAUGGCAUCAGAAAUCACCUAUGCUGAGGUGAAGUUCAAGAAUGCAUCACCGGCUGCAGUGGUUGAAGCUGUCCCUUGAAUUUGUACAUCCUUGGUAUGUGGGCUGACUGAAGCAUAGUUGACUGUGGUGCUGUGUUUGGUGUAUUCCUUCACUAUUAGUACCUCCUGAAAUGAAGAAGCAUGAGCACCAUCCCCAGAAAUACCCGCCUUGGCUCCCAUGGCUGAUCUCACUACUGCUCGUCCUGGUGUGCAUUGUCCUCAUUGUUCUCCUUGUCAUGAUGCCCUUCACCCAUAUCACUGACCAGCCUGCAACCCUACAGCAGAAAUUUAUGGAGUGGUGGUGCAUUUCAGCAGUGCCACAAGACAAAGGGCGAGGCUGGAUGUGCUGCCCAAAGGGGUGGAAACGCUUUCAAGAAAGCUGCUAUUAUCUGUCAGAUGAUAAGAUGGGAUGGGCUGAGAGUAAGCAGAACUGCACUGGGAUGGACUCCCACCUGGUGGUGAUCAACAGUGAAGCAGAGCAGGUUUUCCUCACUAAGGAUCUAGAACAUUUCUCACAAAGAAAUUACUAUAUCGGUCUGAGUGCACAGAAAGUGGGCCAGUGGCAGUGGGUGGACCAGACUCCACUUAAUGAGUCAGCAGCGUUCUGGCGGACAAACGAACCAAGUAAUGUGGAUGCUGAGAUGUGCGUUGUAAUCCAUACGAUUUCACAAAUACACAACUGGAAUGAUGCCCGAUGUGAGAAACAUUAUCGAAUUUGUGAAGCUGCAGCAGUAACUGUGUGAUGGAGUCACCCUCAUGCUGAGUAAAACUGAGGGAUGAAUAGUGAGCUGGGAAGAGCCGAGGGCUGUGUUGGGAGGGAUUUGGGGCCCUGAAUCCUGUAUCUUUACUAUGUUGAAUGGGACAAAGUGAGCAGAAGUGAUAUUGCCCUGUGUCCAGCACCCUCAGUGCAUGUAUCAGCUCAAGGAACUCACGAAGGCUCAGGAUCAUCAAAGCUUCUGUGUUGUCUUCCCUCUGAGUCAGUCAGGCAGCCACUGGCUGAAAAGAGCUUGACUUCUUCAGGAGCAAGAAAGAGGAAUGGAACACAUGUUCCAAACUCUGAUUUCCUUUGUUUUCUUGAGCAGAUGUGUCUGUUUUUUCUUGGGACACACAGAGAACGUCCUCUAGUUGCAUUGGUUUUGCUGAAUAAAUGUGGAUUUCCUAUACAACAUUCAAUCAAUGCAAAAGUCUGUGUGUGAUCGCUCUCUUUUUCCCUCUCUAAGCUGCAGGUGUUUUGUAUAAGCAGGAUCAAAAGAUAUUGCUGUGCCAGGACAAAGCCUUAUGCAACUACCACAGUACACAUUGUGUCUACCCAGUAAGAGUAAACCCUUCAGAGGCAAUCUGGCUAUGCAGUCCCAUGGCACACAGUCAAAGAUCUGCAGGGGACUGGGCACAGGAAACCAGCUCUAGGGAUGUUAUGACUAUUUGUUUCCGUGGCAGAAAGUCUUGCCCAGGAGAGUAACAGAAACUUGUGUCAGGGGUCUGACCUGCUCAUGGUUGAUUUAAUAUGAGGAGAAUCCUCUCUCUGUGCCUCAAAGAGAGGGGAGAAUUUGUACUAGAGACAAGGUAACCAGGAGAUUUGCCUUCCUAAAUCAAUUAAUGAGAGUAGUUCUAUGAACAACAGUGGGUGGUGGCAGGAGCUGUUGAAUCCCGUAGCCCAGCAGAGGCAAGGCUGCUGCAGCUCUCUGUCCCCAGCUCCAAAUGGUAGUGAGACCAAACACGUAUGUACAAUAUGUACACACCCAGAUACAUAUAGAAGAAAAAGAAUAUGUACACAUAAGAAGCCACACAGGUCAACACAGAUAGAAAGCACUGACAUAAAAACAAGUUCAUGUUGUAAUCCACUGGAAGGCAGAAGUACACCUGAGCUGGGACAAUUUUCCACAUGAAUAAGAGCCGUUGUCUUCAAAUUUCUGAAGCUGCAGCAUCAACUGUCUGAUGGAGGAAACCUCACCCUGAGUAAAACUGAGAGACCAGCAGUGACCUGACAAGAACACAGAAGAUUUUUUGGAAUGGGUGUGUAUGCUGGAGUCUGCAUCUUUACUCUGAAAGGUGGGAAUACGUGAGUGGAAGUGACAUGGUCAGGCAGUUGGUGAGCACUGAGCUUCUCUUCUCCAGGCUGAACUGAUCUUUCUCAGCCUCUCCUCAUAUGGAAGAUGCUCCGAAAGAUGCUCCAAAAUAUGCUACAUUUGUCUUUUCAAGACAUAGGAAAUGUCCCUCAAUUACUUGUGCCUGACAAAGACACUGGCUUUGCAAUGAGAUGGGCCUUUUCCUGUAGCUUAUUUGGACACACGUUUAAUGGUAUGGUCAGCUGUCUGGGUAAGAACCUGCAGAGUACAAUCCAGCAUUGUCCUCAUGACUUGGGUGAUUCUCCAGACAGCAGACCGUAUUCCCUCUCUGUCCUCUUGGCAGCAUUCACUCUGUGGCCUGUUACCAUUACUCAGUGCGAGGAUGUGCUGCAUGAUGGGCUGGAGAUGCUUUCAAAAAUGCUGCUACUACAUAAUGAUUGAACAGAUGUCCUGGAAUGAAAGCAAGGACACCAGCACAUGGUUGGGGUCCCACACGGUCGUGAUCAAUACAGAAGCAAAUCAGGUAAGUGGGAAUCUUCCCAUAGGAGAUCCUCAAAUUAGCCAGGGUCUUCUCUCCUGAAGUCUCUGGUUGUGACCCUGGAUAUUGACCUGCUACCUCCUCGAAAGAUCCUGAACUCAAACAUCUCGUAGUCAUCACAGCCAAGCCUGCCGUCAGCCUUUACAUCACAAAUCAGUUCUUCCUCAUUUGUAAGUGUGAGAUCCAGCAGAGCAUGUCUCCUCAUCAGGUUACCUCCAUACCUGAGUCAGGUUACCACCAACGCACUCCAGAAACCUCCUGGAUUGCUUGUACUUGGCUGCUGAAAACCAAGCUUGGAAACUGCUGCACGAACUGCUAAGCCUGCUGUCUGCCUCUGUCAGCUGUGCUCUCAUGCAUACUGCUGGGGCUCAGAACUGUGGAGCUAGUCUUCGGUCCUUCAAAGUGCAAAGAAAGCAAGCAUAUUGGGAAGAACUUCCCAUGGGAUUAAGUCUCUCUUCCUGUAUUGGCACAACUGGUAGUGCUUCCUCUGUGUUUUCUGCCUUUCACUUUGACAGUAUUCCGUUAUAGACUGCUUGCCUUUAUUUGACUGUUGCAAAUCAUUCUGAAUUCAACAAAACUGGAAAGCAGGAGUCCCCAGGGUAUCCGAGUUGAUGGAGAAACUGCUCUCUACCCUGGAGAAUGAGUUCCAUUCUCCAAUCUCCAAUCCAACAAGUUCGUUUCUGAAUGUGAGCACACUUGCUGUUCUUUGGUAGUGCUUGGAACCCUCUCAUGCAUUCUCCAUCCUAUUUCAGGUGGCUGGUUGAUUCUAAAACCAAGCACCUUCAGUACUCCCAACAUGUGGUUUGCUGUGUUUCCACCUCUUAAACAGAAGCUGCAGCUAAUUUCUUGUGUGCUAUAAAUUUGCAGAAAUUUUGAUGAAGUUUCAUCUUCCAGCUUCUUUUAUUCAGCUUCUCAGAUCCAGAGUACCUCUGAGGGAAGUUCCAUUCUGUCUUGUCCUUCAACCUUGAGUCCUGCAAGACACCUUGUAACUGCAAUAUUUUCCUUAGUUCAUGUCCCGUUGAUCUUGUCUGUGUCCAUGCUGUGCUUGUUGACUCUCGUCUGUACUGAAGGAUCCGUGAAAGUAGAUUCAAGGUUCUCAGGUGCCUCUUCCAGGAGUGCACUUUUUAUAACCGAGUACCACUGUCUUCACUGGUUCAAGGACAGGAGUCCCUGGCAAUUCUGCAUGGCCAGGUGGAACCCUGUUGUUCCAGCACACUGAUCUGACACAUACAUUUGUGAAGUGAAAUAACCAAGUGUCCCUAGUGAAGUUCUUCAAGGCUGGAGCAGGUAGAGAGCAGCUGAGAGUCUCUACUUGCACAACUGUGGGAAGACACACAGGAAGACUGAGGUCAUUGAUACAUGCUUUCCCCAAGUGUGCUGCUGGUGUUUAUGAAGCAGGAAAGAGAAAUGAGUUCCUGCCAUUUUGGAAAUAUAGGAUACUUGCAAUGGUACCAAAGCCUUCCACUGAGGCCCAGCUGCCUGGCACCAAGACUACUGAGGAGUUUCUGUGCAGGCCAGUGCAGACUUUGGCUACCGUCAGCACUUUGAGACUAUUUGUCCCAGAGUGGGACAGAGCUGUUAGUCACCUGAAUGUUGUAAGGUCAGCUUUUGAUUUGCUGAGAACAGUAGCUUGGUUUGUGGUGCUGAAAAGAAAGUUUGCUGUCUCUCUGCUUCAGACCCUGUGCACAGACUGAAGCACUUUCAUGGGAGGGUGCUUGCAUAGACCUUCAUCUUGUCACAUGGCCUGAUGGCAACAACUGAUAAAACAGGAAUGUGAAUAUAAAUAGCUGUGUGAAUUGAAUUCCUGAAACUAUCCGAGAGGCCUUUUGCCCCAAACCCGCUAAUAUCAGAAAGGAAUAUAACCAUCAACUGGCUUAACAGUAACCAGGGAAUUAGUGAAAGGAUUUUGAGGCACAGAAGAAUCAGUCUGAAAGAAAAAGUUUAGAAUAAGGAAGAACAUUUUUAACAGAGAAUAAAGAAGGAAGUGGCAGUCAAAAUCUGUUUUGACAUUUGCUCUGCAACAUUUCAACCUCUGUCUGUAACAGAGUACCUCCUUGUUGGAUGCUGUGGAUAGACAACAUUCCCAGCAGUAAAGAAUGGAACACACACAGACCCACAACUUCAGUGUGCAUAUGUGACCUUGUGGUUUCUCACUGGCCUCUGGGUUAGCAAACUGCAGGAAGUGGCACAGGUACAUGAACCUCCAUCUUCAGCAAAGUGUGUGAGAACAGGGGAACCUCUGGUCCCAGCAAAGGGGAUGUGUUCUUGCAGUCUGCACGUACUGUGGCAGGGGUGGGAGACGGGAGGUUGCACGAAUAAUCAUGUGAAUCUGUGUGUAUGUGAGGGUUAGAGCUUUUGGGAAUUAUUUACUUAAAGAUGUUCAGGAAUUUGUAGAUGUCUGGUAUUGUGCUUUAUCUGCUGGAUUGCUAAUACUGAUCUUCAAUAUACAGGUCAUGGUUUGUCAAUUAAUUAUGUGGCAUGAAUAAAUCACUAAACUGCUUAGAUCCAUCCUGAUUAGAUUUAAACCACAUAAGCUGAGUACAUUUUCCUUCUAACUGUUUUGCAUCCAUACUGAUCAGCUGAAGUCAGCUCCCUGCCUAUAUCACAAGAGCAAGUAUAUUUUAGAGCAAUAACAGAUAAAAUGCAUUCACAUUUUAGGGUCUCUGUGGUGCAAUUCUAUUCUGUUCUGCAGCAUGACAGCUGGAAACUUUUUACAAUGUCACUUGAGAAUCUCUCAUUAUGUUGUGAAUCCAGUAGCUAGUGACUUCUAGAAGCUCAUACCUUCUACAACAAUACAGCAAGCACAUGUAUGGAUGAUCUUUCCAAUGCAACAGAGCUGUUGGAUGGUUUGACUCUGCCUGCAGCCUGUUGUGCACAAAAAUCAUUCUCAGAGGAUGUUUUCUACACACACUUUAGGCUUGUCUUCCUUUGUAACCAGCUUUGUGCCCUGCUUUUUUGAGUCUUCAACUGACGUGUUUGCGCUAUUAUGUUAGCUAUCCCAUUCCUUCCUCAGUGCAUCUGUGUCUGCCUCUUCACAGAAGAAACUAGCUGAGGGAACAUGGAAGAGCAAAGGCUGUGUACCCACCCUAGUCCAUUCAGAGUACAACAAGGGACAUUUUAUCCUCCAGAGUUUUGAAUCAAGUCACCUUAAGCAGUGCUAGAAGUACCGUGAAUGGCUGUGCCUUUUGUAGUCAUUACCAAGUAAAACUUCGUGAUCUGUAAGGCACGGGGAUUCUGGCAGCAUCUAGUCAUCCCUUCUGACCUUCAGGUCUAUAAUGACAGGUCACAUGCAAUCCCUCCACUCAAAGUUCCAUCGUCUUUUUCUGAGCAAUUAGUUAAAAACAGUGAUGUCAAGUUCUCUGGGUUACUGGGCUCAGGCUUCAUACGAGGACUUGUCCAGAUCAAGUCACAGAUGUGCUUUCCUGUCAUUUUCUGACUCCCUUUUGCAGGUUGUUUUGAAUGGGUAUAGCCCUUUGCUGGCAAAUACCAGCAGUGUAGACAUUUUCACAGACAUAUCAGGGAAGAACAAACACCAAAGAGGUAAAGUCAGUAGUAUGUCCUGUGAAACUGUUUGAAUAUGUGCAAAAGGAGGCUGUCAGAGCUGAAAUGAUACUACUCUUCAUCUGUUUUCAUUUGUUUCUGUGAUUUUCUGUGUUGCAAUGAGCAUCUUGUGAAAUAUUCUGGCAGAGAAAUGAUGAAAAUUCCCCCAUCUCCAUGUGAUGUGGGGAACAUCCAGGAUACAGCUUUUUCUGCAUGUUGAAUUAGAGAUUGUGAAGUCUCCUCACUAGUGUGGGAGCUGCUCUACUGCAGUCUUCUGUACAGGAGGAAGGCAGUAUUCAUGGCCAUAUUGUCAUGUAGAGUCUUGGUGGAGAAGAGUGGUACUACGAUAGAGAUAAUGAAUCAUCGAGGCAGAGUCUGUCCUGGAACUGCAGGUAAACACAAAGCCUUCCUUUCUGUCAUCUUGUAAAAGGAGGAGGAGGUGGGUGAAAAUAGAGGGCUGGGAUAGGUAACGGGCACCUUAGAGUGGCUUGUCCCCUAUCAGCAGAAGGGGUUUAGGACAAGAGCAAAGCAAGACAUGAGGAAACUGAGGAGUGCCCAGGCUGGGAGCAUGGCGUUUUUCCCAGAGCCAGGGAAAAUGAAAGUUUUUCCUUACAAUACAUCUAUUAAUUACUAGUAAAAUAUAAGCUAAGUAUUCUGCUUCUAAACAACACAUUACUUAAUCUUCUGUCUCUCUCUUGUCCUGCUGAAGGAUCUAAAACUUGAAAAAUAUCCCCUUCUUUUGCAGGUGGUUAGGAAGAACUUAUCAUGUCAAUAGGUUAAUGAUGGGUAUGUCCUUUGUAACUUAGUCACAGUAUACAUUAAUUUAGCAGCUUUUCUUCACCAAGAGCUUCAAAGUGCCCAUUCUUCCUGUGGAAACAAUCUCCUAUGUGUGUCUGCCUCUGCAAACACUGAGCUGGACAGUCACUCUUUGGGUGACUAUACAGUAUUGCAUAAAAGGGCUUGGAGGAUUGAGCCAAAAUAUAGGUAGCUGAGAGAAAGAAGCUCUAAAGAGAGAUGAAGGGGAGGGAGGUUACAGAAAGAGUGCUCCAUGAAAGAGUGUUCCAUCAAAUACAGGAGUAAUAGAGGACAAAGAGGAAGAUGUGUUGAGGAGAAAGGAGGACAAAGAAAGAAAUGCGGUUUGCGAAUAGUACGGGCAGAACUUGUGAUAAAAAGUGAAAUAAAAGAGCAGCUUUAGGGCAGCCCGUAUUGCCCUACUCUGUGAGUCUGAUCAGCUGCUAAUGUAGCAGGACAUGGUUACAGCAGGACCUGGUUACAGCACCUAUGGUGUUCCCCAGUCUUUGGAACAAAGGUAGCAGCAAGUUGUUGAGGUAUAGAGCACCUGGGUUACCAUUCCCCCAUCUCUGGGCUGGGAAGUUCCGACUCUUGCCUUGUGUUUUUCAGCUCCGGCAGAAGAUAGAAGCUGCUCCUGGCAGAACCCCUGGGUCUUCCUUGUUUCUGUCCUUGCCAUCAAAACUGUCUUUCUGACCAUCUGCAUUGUUGUUUUCCUUCAUGGAAGCGAUGGCCAGUACAAGACUCUGCUCCAGAAUGCU